AUGACUGAUCGACAUAAAGAUAAAAAAUAUCUUCUUGGACUCAAAUUUAACCCAACUAGAGAUAAAGGGUUUUUAAGAGAAUCUUGUGCUGUGAUAUUAGAUUUUAUUCAAGCAUAUCGAUUUAUUAAUCUUGGAACAAAUAAUGCUUUAGCAAUUAGAGAUAUG